AUGCAUUCCGUCGUCAGGACGGCCAAAGCUGGAGGCGCGCCUCUGAGCAAAGCCCUACUUCACGCCUCUGCCACUUCUACAACCGCCUCCUCUUCACACACACCAACAGCGUUGCUGCUGCUGCAGCCCUCCAAGGCUAUGGCAGCACUCUCCUCACGCAAUAGCAGUAGGCCUGUCGCAAAGUUGGCUUCCCAUUACUUUCCUACCGCCACCACUGCUGCUGUUUACAACACCAAGUCGUACUCUACAUCAACAUCAACGGCAGGAGGAUCGGCAACGGUUCAGGAACUGGAGCAAUUGUUGGCAAAGAACGACUACAAGGGCUUUCAGGAGGCUUGCACCCUGGCCACAUCAACUUCAAAAGCAGUAACAGUACCAGUGACCAAGGAGUUGUACCAUUUCUUGCUCAAGACCUUGGGUGAGAGACCUCAGGCUUUCGCAUCUAUCUCAACAACAGCAGGACAAGAAGGGACGGAAGGUGGCUCGGUGGACCCAUUGAAUAGCGCGAUCGGGAUCUUGACAGACAUGAGUCGGGAAGCUAACGUGCUCGGCAAGACCGAAGUCCAGCCUGAUCGGGAAACUUUGCAGUUAGUCCUCCAAGUCGCCGGCGGUGGAUCAGGUGAUUGGGAAUCUGCAAGGAUGCUGGUUGAGGCGGUCCGUCAUGGUCGUUUGCCGGCUGUCCUGUCGUUGGAUCAGUGGGAGUUACCUGAUCUGGAUAUUCCUUUGGAUCAAGUUCUUUGGAAGAGUAUGUUUGAGUGCAUUCAUUCUGCGGCCGCUGGAGCUGGAGCUGGAGCUGAAGUGCAGAGACAGGUGGAUGUGAUGAACUUCUUGAUGGCGGAUCAGUUGGCCAGAUCUCAAGAUGUUCAGAUGGACGAGGAUCUUUGGGGUCAUGUCCUUCAGGCAUAUGGCAAGGCGGGAUCAGCGGCAAAGCUGAACGACUUGUUGCCAAGGCUCCCAGCGAUCGAAAAGACAUCUGGAGGAAGUCUCUACUCCAAUGUCGCAGAGGCAUUGGCCAACUGUGGGUUGACAGGACAGGCGGCGGAGAUCAUGAACACGCUCUCAAAAACCCUCGACACUCUACCCUCGAUCCGACCUUUCACGGCCUUGGCGCGUCAGCAUGCCAAGCGCGGCAACUAUGAGGCGAUCAUUGCGGACGAAAAGUUGUGGGCUACCAAAGGACAGCGGGAUACCACGGCCGAGGAGAACAGAGUGGGAUUGUUGGCAGAUUUGCAGCGGUCGAAUUUGGAGGCGAGCUCGGUUGCGUUGGAUCGAUUGGUCAAGACGAUCUCGAGGACGUGCAAGGAUCGACAGUCGAAUACGCUUCCGGAUCAGGUCCUUAUCGGGAUGGCGGCGCCAACUCAGCUGAACCGUUACCAAUACAGCGAGGCGACGUUCCUCUGGGCCCGGAGUCAGGGUGCCUUUGCGGCGAUUCCUAAGGGCGACUUGACGGCGAAGGAUUAUGACCAGCUGAUGAGGAUCUCGACACGACUCAACCUGUUGUUGCCCAAGAGGUGCUCUCUUCAGGACCAUGCCGUGAGCUUGUUGGCGGAGAUGAAGCAGCAAGGGUUGCAGCCUCUGAAGAGCACGUAUGUGACAUUAAUGGAGACCAUGGCACGGACACGCGAGUUUGGAGCGUCUCGUGAGGAUGGAUCGGUUACGCAGAGAGUGAUGAAGGUCUUUGAGGAGAUGACGGGCCAGGCAGGGUACGCUGCCGAGUCGCCCAGGGAUUUCUUGCCGCUGUUGGAGUCUUGCUUUGGAAUGUACUCACAUUCGCCGUUUGUUGCUGGCCAGUGGAUGUACUCGAACCAGCUCUACCCGGUCUCGAUGGAUGCCCUCAAGACGGUCGAGGACAUGAUGCGCAAGUGUCUGUCAUCGAACGCUUUGUCUGCUACCACCCAGGACGAUAACAACAACAACAAGGAUGUCAGUGUGCAGCAGUACCAUGACCGCGACACUAUUGCCAAUGUGUUGGCAGGAUUGGCUCACGGAGAUCAAGUCGAGGAGAUCUGGGAGCGGUGGGAUGAUUUGGCACUUCAGGGAGUCGAGAGGGAUGCGAUGUUGUACCAGACUGUUAUCGGCGCCUCGCACGGACAGGAGAAGAUGGCGCGGUAUGUUCUUCGCAAUGUCCGGUACGAUAUGUUGAGAGAAGAACCUGCUAUUGCGAUGACGCCCGAGAUUUUUGAGGGGCUGAUGAAUUGCUGUGUUCGUGUUCAGGAUGCCACCUCGGCAAGGAGUCUCAUUUCGCAGUGCACCGCGUCGGGGGAGAUCCAGAAGACUGCAGAGUGGUAUGCGCCCAUGGUCCGAACUUGUCUUAUGGUUGAGGGUAUGGAGGAGGAAGGCGGGUUUUUAUUGGAGGAGAUGCGGAGGAAUGAGAUGGCGAUGGACUCUGAUGGGUCUGGGGCGUUCUUGGAGUUCUUGAUGGGGUACUUUGUCAACAAGCGUGGGGACUAUGCCGCGGGGCAGGAGGUGUUCAAGAGUUACCUCAAGGCUGAGCAAACCAAGGUCGAGAAGCUGGUCGCUGAGUCCAAGGCCCAAAAGGCUAAGGGCAACAACAAGUUCCUCCAUAACAAGGGUGGAAUUGUAGAAGUGUCGGAGAAGGAGCUUGUCUGGCGAUCCGAGAAAUGGUUGAGACCUGUGGAGCACUUGGUGGAGAGGGCGGAUCUUUCGCCUACAACGGCGUCGAUGCUGAACUUGUUGGUGUUGGCGCAGAUCCGGGAACGGGCACAAAUGUUGGAGUUGGAGAAGCGGUCUGGUUUCGGAGCAGGCUCGAAGGAUCGGAUGCGGGAUGCGCAGAUUGUCAUGCAUUACUUGACCGGCGAGACCAAACCGUCAUCCUCGGCAAAACCAACGAUACCCGAUGCCUCCCCCGAGUCGUCACCAUCACCGUCCCUUCUCUACAACUCAAGCACCACGGCCUCAUCCCCUUCGACCUUCCAGACCUCGUCCUCCUCCUCGCCCAUGGCGGCAGACAAAACUGGCCGCCUGUUGUUCAUCAACAAGUAUGUUCUCGGAGAAUACAUCGACACCUGUAUCCGUGACGGAUCUGCAGACCUGUUGGAGGAGGCUGACUGGGCGCUGAACAAGGUCAUGCCCCGUGUUAUUGGACAGCAGCGGAUGGCCAAGGACACGCAGCGGCUGCGACAGGGUCUUGAGAAUGCUCGGAGCCGCGGUGUGUAG